AUGGCACUUCGCGUUGGUAUUAACGGUUUCGGUCGCAUCGGUCGCCUCGCCCUCCGCGCGGCGCAGGGGCGCAACAUCGAGUUCGUCGCGGUCAACGACCUCGUCGGCCCCGAGAACCUCGCCUACCUCCUCAAGUACGACACGGUCCACGGCCGCUUCGACGGCGACGUCUCGCACACCGACGACUCGAUCGUCGCGAACGGCAAGGCGAUCAAGACCUGCUCGGAGCGCGACCCCGCGGCGCUGCCCUGGGGGGACAUGGGCGUCGACUACGUCCUCGAGUCCACCGGCCUGUUCACGGACAAGGACGGCGCGUCCAAGCACCUCGCCGGCGGCGCGAAGCGCGUCCUGAUCUCCGCGCCGACGAAGAGCCCGGACGACGUCCCGACCGUCUGCUACAAGGUCAACCACGAGGUGUACGACGCGUCCAAGCACACCGUCGUCUCCAACGCGAGCUGCACGACGAACUGCCUCGCCCCGGUCGCCAAGGUCAUCAACGACGGCUUCGGCCUCGAAGAGGGCCUCAUGUCCACCAUCCACGCCGUCACCGCCACCCAGCCCACGCAGGACGGGCCCUCCAAGAAGGACCUCCGCGGCGGACGCAACGCGUACAUGAACAUCAUCCCCGCCAGCACCGGCGCCGCGAAGGCCGUCGGCCUGUGCAUCCCGGACCUCAAGGGCAAGCUCACGGGCAUGUCCUUCCGCGUGCCGACGGCGGACGUCUCCGUCGUGGACCUCACGUUCCGCACGGCCAAGGCGACGACGCUCGCGGACAUCCAUGCCGCGAUGAAGGCGGCGGCCGAGGGGCCGAUGAGCGGCGUGCUGGAGUACUGCGACGAGCCGGUGGUCUCGAGCGAUUUCGCGACGCACCCGGCGAGCUCGAUCUACGACUCGGACGCGGGCAUCGAGCUGAACGACCGCUUCUUCAAGGUCGUGUCGUGGUACGACAACGAGUGGGGCUACGCGAACCGCUGCGUCGACAUGCUGGAGUUCAUGGCGUCGCAGGACGGGAUCAAGUAA